AGGUUUUAUUUUGAAAGAAAAUGGCUGCUGUAGGACUGCUUUGUCUCUGCCUUCUAGUCGCAUUGGUUGGCAGCUAUCCUUUAACGGAUGUGAUAUCUGGCUCAGAAGGACCAAUAUCCAUACCAGGCAGUGGUGGGAUACCAAAAGCAGAAGCUAUGAUGGAAUUCAAGGCAGAUAGAAAGUAUGUCGUAAAUCCUCUUUGUUUUUCAAAAUGGGUUGCCGUACCUGGAUGUGGUAUCUGGAUACUCUUGAAUGACUUGUUCGUGCGUUCUGGACAUCCUGCAAAAGUUGUUUAUUACGAGGCACCCAGUAACUACUACUAUUAUUAGUUUUGCCAUCAUUUCGACAAUUGACAUUGUUUUUCUUAUAAUUAUGCUUGCAAAUGAAUUGAGUUGUGUAAAGCACUGUUAUUCAUAGAUAAUAUCAUA